AAAAGGCAAUGGCAGACGAGUUAUCACAUGACGCGCUUCGAAAAUGCAAAAGCAGAGAAAAUGAAACCCCUGAGCAAUGCCAAAAGCGACUUGCUCGAGAUCGCGAAAAUAAAAGCAAGAAGAAGAAUGCGGAAAGUGCAGAAGAGCAUAGAAAACGCUUGGAUAAGGAAAAAGAACAAAGGCAGAAAUGGAGAGCCUUGAAUAGCAAAAAAUCCUUAAAUACUGCUGAUGUGCGCUUAAGCUUAAACAAUCAAGAGAAUGAACAAACGAUGCCUUCAGCCUUAAUUGAUGAAUCUGACCGUAAAAUUUUUGAAAUAAGAUGA